AUGACAGCUAAUACAAAUACUACAACUCCUCCACCAGAUUCAAAUCCAAUUGCAUCAGGUUUACAACAAGAUAUUUCAAAUGCAGAUUUUGAUGUUAAUAUUUUAGAUGAUGCACUUAUUAAUCCAACAAUUGAUUUAAAUUUCCCAUUACCAAUUGAUAAAGAAACUUAUAUUGAUGGACCAAAUAAUGUUAAAACUUUACAUGAAUCUUUUAAUAUAUUACAUUCUGCAUUUAGAUUUUUUACAGGUUCAGAAAAUUAUGAUAAAAUUUAUUCAAAUAAUGAAUAUAGAUACUUUAUGAAUAAACAUUCAGAUAAAUUUAAAAAAACUUUUAAAGAUCAUAUAAAUAAUCAAUUAGAAAAAGAUGAUAAAAAAUUAGAUGAAAUUAUUUAUAAUUUAAUAAAUCAAGAAUUAAAUAUGAAAUUAAUUAAAGCUUCAGAUUUUAAAAAAAGAUUUCAAGAAGUUAAAGAAUAUAUGGUUAAAUAUUACAAACAAAAUAAUGAAAUUAAUUUACCAACUUUUGCAUCUCAUCAAUUUGUUAGAUCUGCUUAUGUUACAGUUAUGACAAUCAUGAAUAAAUUAUUUCCAAAGGGAGUUUGGGUAUCAAAUAAUGAUUUAUCAAAUUUAUAUAAAAAAUAUUUAAAAAAUCCAAUGUCAAUUAUAUGGACUCCAUCUCAUCAAUCUCAUUUAGAUUAUAUUAUUUUACAUUUAAUUUGUGUACGUUUUUCAAUGGCAAUACCAACAGUUAUAGCAGGAGAAAAUUUAAAUGUUACAAUAGUUGGAAAUUUAUUAAAAAAUUUAGGUGCAAUUUUUAUACCAAGAUCUUUUAAUAAUGAAUUAUAUACUGAAAGAAAUUUAAAUAAUGUUAUUGAAUUUAUAUUAGUUAAUAAAAUCCCAUUUGAAGUAUUUAUUGAAGGUACAAGAUCAAGAGAUGGAAAAUUAUUAUUACCAAAAUAUGGUAUAAUAAAAUCAUUAGUUUCUAUAUAUUUAAAACAAAGAAAUGAAGAACAUAAAUUAAAUUUUGAUAUGUUAUUUCAACCAGUUGCUGUUACUUAUGAAAGAGUUUAUGAAAAUGAUCAAUUUUUAAAAGAAUUAAAAGGUGAUGACAAGACUCAAGAAAAUUUAUUUGGUAUAUUAGGAGUUGCAACAAGUGCAUUUUAUCAUAAAGAAGAUAAAAUUAUUUAUGAUAAACAAGGUUUUAAUGAUAAUUCAAAAAGAACAUUAACUGGAAAAAUUUUUGUUAAAUUAGGUGAAAGUUUUACAUUAAGUGAAUUUAUAAAUAAUGAUGAUGUAAAAGAUGAAAAAGAAGUUAAUUUAAAAAAAUUAAGUUUUAAAAUUUUACAUGAAGUUAAUAGAAAUUCUUUUAUACCAGAAAUUUCAAUUAUUGGUUUAGCUUUACAAGCUUAUAAUUAUUUUUCUCAAAAAUCAUUAUUUACAAUUGAUGAAAUGUUACCUAUAUUAAAAAUUGUUGUUAAAGAAUUAUUAAGAGAAAAUGAAUCUUCCAAUACAAAUAAAAUUAUAUUACAAGAUUUAUUAGAAUUUUCAGAUGAUGAUUUAAUAAGUGUUAUAAAAUUUGAAAUUGUUUCAUUUUUUAGAUAUAUUAAAGUUAAUGAUAAAUUGAAUUUAAUUAAAAUUGAAUCACCUAUAGAAUUAUUAUAUUAUAAAAAUUUAACAAUUCAUUUAAUUAUUCAAAGAUGUAUUAUAAUGUAUAUCUUAUUAUUAUUAGAUAAUGAUAUAAAUUGUAAUAAAAUUAUAGUUGGUAAAUUAUUUUAUGUUAUAACAAGUUUUUUGAAAAAUGAGUUUUUAUUUGAUUAUGAUGAAAAUCCAAAAAAUGAUUUAAAUUAUAUAUUAAAUGAUUUAGUUGAUAUUGGUGUUAUAACAAAAGAAACAAAUGAUCAAAAUAUAGAUUCUUAUAAAAUUGUUGAUCAACAAUAUGUUAAAUUAUUUGCAAAUUUAGCUCAACCAUUUAUGGAAUCAUAUAUUGUUUUAAUUUCAAAUAUUUUAGAAAUGACUCAUAAUUUAUCAAAUUCUUAUGCAGCAUCAAGACAACAAAGACAACAUUCAAAAAUUGUAUUAGAUGAUGAUGAAUUAAAAUAUCCAACAACAAAAGGUUUAUUAAAAUAUAUAAUUGAUCAAUCAAAAAAGAAAUCACAAUUUCAAUCAUUAGAAUCAAUAAAUAAACAAUAUUUAGUAUCAGAUUUAUAUUAUUUAAAUAAUUUAAAUUUAAUUAAAAUUUUUAAAAAUAAAGCUAAAACUAAGGCAUUUGUUCAAAUUUUAAAUCCUAAGGAUUUAGGUAUAUUAAAUGAAUUUUUAAAACAAUUAUUACAUUUAAAUGAUCAAAAAUCAUUUUUAACAAAUGAAAUUAAAUUAAAUUAUAUUAUUGAUAUAACUAAUAAAAAUAAAAAUAGGGAUUCAAGUGUAAUUUCAAGUAAAUUAUAA